GGAAUUUCCUUUCAGUCAGAAUCAGAAUCAGUAUAAUUCAGUCAGUCAGGGCUAAGUGAGUGAUUGCUUCGCACGACUUCGACGGACGACGAGGACGUUUUUAUAGUAGCUCUGCGGUUUUUGGGUUUAUUUUUUGAACUUUUGUAUGUUUCAAACUGAAUUCGAGAAAAACCGAAACGAAACGUGAAAAUAAAUAUUAUUAAAAUUGAAACAGCAUUUAAUUUAUACUAUUCGAAUACCGUAUUUCUUUUAUUUCGGUCUCAACUAAAACAGAAACAACAAGUUGAAAAAACCCAAAUGUUUUGAGAAUAUUUGAAACUUUCCGUGAAACAACAAGUGAAAAUAAUAUACUUACCUAAAUAAAACAUAGUGAAAAAUUGUACAAACAAAAAUCAGAAAAAAUACGAAAUGUGAACGAAUGACCCUUUGUUUUGGUGGAAAUUUUAAUAAACAAAAAAUAUUUAAAUAUUUUUGAAUUCAAAAAACACUCAGCAAAUCGAAGCAUCAGCACCCUCAUCGUUUAGAAAAAUGAUUCGAGAUGUAUCAACGUCCACAAUCGGACGCGAGGAGCGAAAGCCUCUCAUGGAUGCGUACAUGUUCCAGAGGCGAGUCCUCCUGGCUUGCAGCUUCAUGAUGAUUGUGUCACUCAUCAUUUGGAUAGCUGCCAUCACAACAGACCAUUGGAUUAUAAUUUCUGGAGAUCGAGGAAUCUACAUACCCGAGACGCGUCGAUUUUUCAUGUAUUCAAACUCGGGUCUAUGGCGCCACUGUCGCAUAACUCAAGUGCCAAAUGUCCUAAAGAACGCAACCGUAGCUCGGAAUUUCACCUCGAUUGCCUUUCAAUCACCAGGUAAUGUCAACGAUGCCAAGGUUAACAUAACCGAUGCGGAGUUUGUGAAAACGUUCUUGCACAAGGAACUAACGCUGCCACUCCAAAAUUUCUCUGAAGAAGCUAGACAGCGGAUGUUUGCCCAUUGGGUUCGCAACGAUCAGGAAAUGUUUCAGGAAUUCAAGAAGGCUUUUUGGAAAUUGGAACUAGCCAAUGAGAAGCUGGCUCUGAUUCCUAUAGAAGCCAAGCCAAUAUUGGUCAAUCCGUUGGAUGUGCCGGGCUUGGAGGCACGGAAAGUCUUUGGAGAUUCCUUGGUGCAUGUCGUAAUGGAACAGUUGCACUAUUUCUUCGUAAUUCCCAUUCCUGCGCAGAGAGCUAUAUUCACCGGGUGGCAUGAGCAGCGGCUGGUUCCUAAACUCUUUUGGCCAUUUAUUAGGGACCUGGAUAUCCCGGCUUAUGUCUUGAACGAGAAUAGGGUAAUUCUGCAGCUGGUGCCGCCGUUACCCCCAAAGAAGGGAGGCAAGAAAAAUGGAUACGAUUAUAUUUAUAACUCUCGGUGUAAGAACAUCGAUAUGUUUCCAUCUGAAACUUUGCUCAGAACUGAUCCGGGUUUCGAUGAUGAACUCAUGGAUUAUAUUCGUACUCAGGCGUCCUUUGCUUGCAUCACAGUUUUUGUUAUGUGCUUGGGGACCGUCUUCACCUUCUACACCUUCAUGAACCCUCGCUAUAUGUUCAAACGUCUAGCUGGAGGCAUCCAUUUGGUAUCCGCUUCCACGUGUCUAGUUGUCAUUCAAGUCUUGAUGUCCUCGGUGGAUUACACGAGGAAGCAUCUCUUCUACGCCUACCCAGAGGGCGCUGAACUAACAUAUGGCUUUGGAGUGUGGUUCGCCUGGUUUACCUUUAUAACAAAUGUAGUUUGUGGCUUAUUGUUUAUGUGGUAUUCGGGCAAGAAGAAGGGCAGUAAGGCACCAACCGACGAACUUGCUAUGGCCGAUGAAGCUACAAUUAUGGGAAGAUGAGAAGUCC